GGUUACCCUAUAGUUAUAGUUGUCGAUAAAGGCUCUAAGUUCAAAGGCGAAGUUAAGGAGAUCCUUUGUAAGCUAGGUAUUAAGAGAGUUAUUAUUUCGCUAUAUAAUUCGUAUAUAAAUGGUAUAAAUGAGGCUAGCUAUAUCCUAAUUGCUAUCUCGUUUAUAAAGAUAACUAAUAGUAUAGGAAAGAGGUAG